GGUGUGGAGGAGAAAUCCGGUCCGUCGUUCGCUGGCGGCGCAAGAAACAGCGAGGCCGUGGCAAAGGUCGUCGCCUAAUGCCGCCCAAGGAGGUAUCGGCUGCGGGGAAGCCUACCGCUGGUUGCGCUUGUCGACGAGAAAGCCGUCUCCUGAUGGGAAGAACGAGGACGAGAGGGAAGUCAGGGUCGGAGAGAGUAGAAGCAGGAAGGGGGAGAGCGUUGAGGUAUAGGGUGUCGAAGUAUUCGGCAAUGAAUGGUAUCUUGCUCCGUCGCUCGCUGCCUGCCGACGCUCCACCACAAAUGUACGAGCCAACUGACUGACGGAGUGGAGCUACUGUUCACCGCUGCUGUGCUUGUUAUUCGUCGUUCAAGAUAGGAAACAGCCCAACCGUUUGCACGCGCUCCCGUCUGGGAGAGGUGUGCCGUUCUCCAUACCACCCUUCCGUCUUCCCCUUCGCUCGAGCUUCUCUCCUGCCCCUUCCUUUUUUUCUACCUUUUCUCCUGCCUCUCUUUUAUCUCUCUCUUGUCAAGUUUUCUGUUUCGGUACUUUCGUUUCCCUCAUUUUUCCUUCUUCGUUUUUGCACCUCUCGCCUGGCGCGACUCGCUGGCUGAUAGUUCACGUAAGCUGAGGGUUUCUGUGUGCCAUGGAUAAUCGGGGGAGGCUGCCUCCCCGAGGUAUGGCCGGUCCGCAGGGAACGGGUGGCCCGCUCUCUGGAUCGAUGAUGCAACGUGGUAUGGCGGGCGCGCCUUUCAACGCGAUGAUGAGGCCUGUCCCCUCUGGCGGUGGUCCUAAUCAGCAAGCGUAUUACGUCGUGGGGAGUGGGGGGCAGCAGCAGGCGGUGUCUGCGCCUGUAGCCAUGGAGCACAAGCUAGCGACUGCACAUACAGAAAUGCAGCGGUUAUCGACGGAGAACCAAAGGCUAGCGGCUACACUCGUUGGACUCCGUCAGGAGCUGGCGGCUGCUCAAGCGGAGGUUCAGCGUAUGCAGCAGGCGCUGGCGAACCAUCAGGCGGAGAAAGAGGCGAGCGUGCGGACCUUGAUGGAAAAGAACGCCAAGAUGCUGGAGGAGCUGCGGGCAACGGAGCCAUUGGCGCAAGAGUUGCGUGCGGCGCGCAUGGAGCUUCAAGAUCUGCACUCUCGUCUUCAAGACGCGGAGCAGGCGCGAAUCACAGCCAUCGAGCAGCUGCAAGAUGCAACUGCGGAUUUUCACAAGGCUCGUCAGGAGCUUGCACAGAUCCCCGCUAUGAGGUUGGAGCUUCAGCAAGUCCCCUCCCUGCGGCAGGAGAUACAGGGGCUUCGGCAGGAACUACAACAGGCGACGACUCAUUUGGAGUACGAGAAGAGAAUGAAUGCGGAGCAGAUGGAGAACAGACAGACGCUGGAGAGGAAUCUUGAUUCCAUGGCUAGGGAGAAUGAGAAGCUGCGAACGGAGCUCGCCGCCGCGGAGAAGGCCCGAAGGGCAGCGGCGGCGGCCGCCGCCGCAGCAGCAGCGGGCGCUGCAAACAACGCCGGAGCUGCUGGUGGGAACCAGGCAGGUUAUGGAGGCACUUCAGGAGGCAUGGGAGGUGGUUACCCUAACUCGAGCCUGUCGUACACAGGGAUGCAGCCUUCGUCGCUCCCUCAGCAGUCAGCGUACGGGGACGGGGUAGGGUAUGGAGGAGUAACAUCGGCGGCAGCGGGGGGGACGGGCGUUCCGAUGGGCCAUGGAGAGAACGGUGUCACUACCUAUGGGUCGCAGCCUCCGCCGCCACCUCCGCGCCCGCCUCCCUCCCAUAGCAUUCACAUGUGGGGAAGUCAGCCUGCAGCAGGAGGCGGCGGCGGCGGAUUCUCGGACGGGGCAAGGAGCGGAGCUAGUAUUCCUGGAAGUCGUGGAAUGGACCCGUCGAACGCCAUUCGUGGUGCCCCUGGAGGGAGCAUGGUAACUACGGAAGUGAACGACAUGAACUCGGGAGUGGCUGGGGUGCGAUCCAGUGGCAUGGCGUCCGCGGCAGGUGCUCCUGCGUCUGUUCUCGGCGUGUCGCCUUCUACGAUGCCGGCUGCUGCGCCGACGCCCGCUGAGGAAUGGGUAGAGCAUUUCGCCCCCGACGGUAGGCCGUUCUACCACAACCCCAACACUGGAGUGACGCAGUGGGAGAAACCGCCGCCGGCGCCGACGCCGGUGCCUACGGCGGUUGGAGGGCAGUUGCCAGGUGGAGUGGUUGGAGUGGGAGCAGGGCCACACACCCAUCACCAAGAUGUCGUCCAGGGGCAGCACGGGCAGUCCGUUGCCGCACUCGAAGCUCAGUCGCAGGGGCAGCAAAUGACACCGCAACAUCUCUCAGGAGCAGCAGGGGCCAAGGGAGGUGUGGGAGCAGCACAGGCGUAUUCGCAGCACCAUCAACAGCAUUCGCAGCAACAGAUGACGCAGCAACAGCAACAGCUUCCGGGCGCGAGUCAGCAGUCACUCGGGCAGGUCGCAGGCAGCGUGCAUACUCCGGGGGGCUACGACCAAACCGGAGCAGGUGGAGCAGGACAUCCCCAGCAGCAGCAUCUGACUCCGCACACUCAGCAACAGCACCAGAUGCAUAUGCAGCAACAACAGCGGUCGUACUAUGCCCAACAGCAGCAGUUCGGCCAGCAAGGUCCACCGCCGCAUUCGCAACCGCAGGUAGCGGGAGGGGCAAACGAUGUAGGAGUGCCGCUCGGUUCUCAACAGGGCCAGCAGGCUAUGCUGGGUGCGCAGGGGCAGCACCAUCCCCAGCACCAUCACCAGCAGCAGCAGCAGCCACAGCAGCCGCAGCAGCAGGCAGGUCUUUUGCAGCAACAGACGCAAGCUGGAAUGCAGGCUGUCGCUGACGGUGGGAUGGGGGUGGGAGGAAUGGUACCGGCUGGACCUGGGUUGCAUUCCAGACCGCGCGUUGGACCAGGUGCGGGUCCAGUCGUAGGGGCUGUUCCUGGAGAUAAUGCAGCCAAUGCUUCCGAAGCGCCGAAUGCCGUCACGGAUGCAGGACCCCCUGGAGCCAAUCUCUUCGUGUACGGAAUCCCUGAGGACUAUGGCGACGCCAAACUCUCGCGGUUGUUCUCGUCGUUCGGGUCGGUACUCGCCGCUCGGGUGGAAGUUGACAAGGAAACGGGAAGGAACCGAGGGUUUGGAUUUGUGUCGCUGGACUCCGUGUCGGCGGCAGACCGGGCGAUUCAAGGAAUAAGUGGGAUGGUGGUGGAUGGAGGGAGAACAAUGAAAGUAGAGAAGAAGCGAGUGGGUGAGGCGGAUGCGAAGCGAGUGGGGCCUGGGCCGCCCCCACAACAGCAGCAGCAGCAGCAGCAACAGACAAGUCAGGUACAGCAGCAGUCGGGUGCCCCGCAGCAGCAGCAGCAGCAGGCACAGAGUCAGCCGCAACAGCAGUCACAGGCGCAGCCACAACCGGCUCAACAAUAUGGGCAUCACCUUGGGCAGGCUGGUCAUCAAGCGAAUCCGCAUGCUGCUGCGGGUGCUGUCCCGGGAGGGCCCCCUGCGAGUGCCGCAGGGGCUGGGGGGAAACAUCAGCAGCUGCCAGGACCGGGGCCAUCUCGUUGGCGCGGGGGGCAAAGAAUGAGUUAUGCGCCGUAUUAGGGUUUGGCAUACGAAAGGCUGCUGCGGUAAAUCUCGUUUGAAUUUUGGAUGGGGAAGCACUAGGCGUGUUGUCCUGUUUUCGUGUGCACUGACGUAGAGGAGGGUUGGAUGGUGAAGAAAAAGUAUAAAAAGUACAGGCGGAACAUUUCUCUCAGGUCAUGUUGGAGGUGAGGUAGCGGUUCCUGGAGACGAUUUCUGUGUAACUGCUUUUGGUGAACUUGGUUAAGUGCCCAGAUGUGAGAGGCGCGGACUCCUUGUGUGCGAGAGAGAGACUGUGCACGGGCGUGUGUUGUGUGUUGAAUGUUCGUGUGUGUGCGUGCGUGUGUGCGUGGUUGUGUUGUGUGUGUGUGUGUGUGAGAGAGAGAGAGAGAGAGAGAGGACCCUGGGGGGAACCUGGAAAGCGACUCCUACUAGCCGUCACGGUGCUCCGUACGUGUGUCUGCUGCUCUGGAUGGGGAUGUCUUGCCAGGGUUGAGAACAAGAAGAGGGCAAAAGAAGUGCGGAAGUGUAAUUGUUUUGUUUCCUUUGGGGUUGAACUUUUAUUACCGAUCAACUAUUCUCCUGUGGAACGGUGUAAAAAUGCAGUUCCGUCGUCUCCUCUUCACCGUCGUCAUUGGGGUCCGCAAUGGGAGGUAUCGGGUCCGCAAUGGAAGGUAUCCGGUCCGCCAUGGAAGGUAUCCUACCUCCUUCGAAGAGUACCGUCGUCGUUUUGCGCUCUGCAUCCUGUUUUGUAAGGUUAACCCGCUCUGCUUCUUCCAUGGUCUGCUUCCUCCGUUCUCGAUCGGGAUAAAGGGUGAGAAGACACUCUUACGGGACUAGACGAGAAAGGACGACGGCGUGACUGCCGUCUGCCUCGUUUCCCUCCCCCUCUCUUAUACACAUCUAGAUGUGUAUAAGAGACAGCCCCCCCCCCACCUCCACCUUUUGUCUCUCCCGGUUUCGCUGCGUCGUCGUUUAUGGUCUAGGGCGAGCUUGUUUCUGAUGGAUAAUGAUACCCACGGACACCUUUCCUCUGAAUGAUGUGGUUUAUGUUCCGCCGUGGGAAAGAAAAAGACGAAAUCGUGUUUCUUCUUUGUCCGGUUGCACUUUCUGCGUACUCGCUCACUAAAAUGAAUUUGUGUGCGCGCGCGCUCGGCUUCGCAAGAGUGUCGCGGUGUUAGGCCUUGGAAUGAUUAAGAGCCUCUGUCCCUCUCUCUCCUGUAUUUGUGGGUUCCACACUCUUUUGAAAGCUUUGCGGUCGAAAAACGCUGGUCUGGGGUGGGCGACUGGGGGAGCGCUGCGCAUAGGAAAAACUGUGGUUUCGUUGCCUGUUGAGUUUUUUCUCGUUUGUGCUGUUGCGGCUUAAGACUCUGUUCCCAAAGGAGAGUGCGAUGGCGAUGGCGUUGCCCCGAAAGCUAUGUCGAGGACGCUUGAUGAGGAUUGGAGAGCCACUGGCGGGACGGAAAUAACCAUCAAAUGGAAUGAGUGCAGGGAACAGUGUAUAUGUAUUUUGUAGCGAUGUAUUGUGUGAGGUCAUGACGACAUGUGUAACGAUGCUAUCUACGGCAAGAAAGGAGGACUCUGUCUUGAUGUGUUAAUGAAGGGUGCGGUUAUGUAUCUCUCUUUCGCCGUCCUUCACUUGCUGUCCUUGUAACGAACCCUCUUCCGUGAACGAAUGACGUUGAGAGAUGUUAAUGAGCUGAAAAUCUUGGUGCGGAACGAUAUUUUUUGCCUGGCACGUGUUUACUUUGUCAACCCUAAUUGCCUCUUUUCUUAUGUCUUGAUCGUAAAUGUACGUUAAUUUUGUGGUAUGUGGUAUAUGGGAGAGUAGAUGGCACUACUUUGGCUGUCUCCACGAGAGUGGACUUCGACCUCAACUUGUGGCUUGUGGUUUGUUGUUCUCGGUGAAGGAGACUUUGGUCUGGCCCAUUCGUAACCAUCAUGUGAUUUAUACGUUGGUCAGUAGAGCCGGCUGCCGUAAUUGAGGAAAGACAACAAAGUGCUCACUCCAAC